AAUUUGAAAAACAUGCUUAUUUUUGGCAAGAUGCUGAAGAUUUUCAUUUGCCUUUAACUGAUAGAUCCAGAGCAUGGUUUAAGAGUCUUCAUAUAAAUGAUGAUAUUUACAAUAACACUCCUACUCAGUUAAUAGGAAUGUCUCCCAAUAAAGCU